AUCUGGGUGCAGGCUGUUGUAAUCCGUCUCCUGUGUCGUGAUGGCGCCUAAUGUUGUUCGCUCAGCCAUUAGUAUUUUCUUUGAAUAUGACACGCCUAAAAUUGUCCAUAUCAAGAGCAAGAAAGUUGGAGUGAUAAACAGAUUUCUACAGUUGGUCAUCAUAGGAUACAUAAUAGGGUAUGCCAUAAUUUUUAAAAAAGGUUACCAGAAGUUUGAUACUAUUCAAAGUGCAGUGACCACUAAAGUGAAGGGGGUGGCAUAUCUGAAUGGAUCUGAAGUUCCUAACUUAGAGAGUUCUUUGUGGGAUGUGGCUGACUACGUGGUUCCUCCCCAGGAGAAUAAUGCCUUCUUUGUGAUAACAAACCUAAUAGUGACUCCAAAUCAAGCACAGGGUGUGUGUGGCGAGGACAAAAAAGUACCAGGUGCUAAUUGUACAAGUGAUGCUACUUGUGCACCAAAGACUGGAAAAUCUCUCCCAACUGGCAAUGGUGUCCUGACAGGUCGAUGUAACACUACAACCAAUACAUGUGAAGUACGGGCAUGGUGUCCUGUAGAAAAUGGAGCCUUAGAUCCACCUAAAAAUCCAGUUCUUCUCCAGUCAAAAGAUUUUACUGUUUUUAUAAAAAACAACAUUGAAUUUCCAUACUACAAAGAGAAAAGGCGGAACAUUCUGGGUGUUCAAACUGACAGCGAACUUAAGAAUUGCAGAUUUAUUCCAUCUGAUCCUGUCAAAAAGUUCUGCCCAAUAUUCGUACUUGGUGAUAUUGUUGGUUUCGCUGGAGAAGACUACAAACUCAUGAGUCAAUCGGGUGGUGUAAUGCAGGUCGUCAUUGACUGGGAUUGUAAUCUGGACAAGUCCAUUGAGGACUGUGUCCCGGAGUACACAUUUAGGAGGCUGGACAGUGGUGACUUCUCUUUAUCUCGGGGAUUCAACUUCAGGUAUGCGAAGUAUUAUAGAGACCCAAAUGGAACUGAAGUAAGGACUCUGUACAAGGCAUUUGGCAUCAAGUAUAUCAUUACUGUAAUAGGACAGGCUGGAAAAUUCAACGUUGUUCCACUCCUACUCAACAUCGGCAGCGGCCUCGGACUCCUGGCUGUGGCGACCAUUUUAUGUGACAUAGUGGUGCUGUAUGUACUGAAAGCAAAGGAUGUCUACCGAGACAAGAAGUACCUGAAUGUUGUCGGAGAUGACGCCUAUAAGACGAUGGAAAGUGAAUGAGUCUGACAAUAAGGAAGAUUACAGGAAUUAGUCAGUCGGAAACAUGACAUCAUCAACAGUCGACUGUAGCCAGCACGGAUAUUGAUGUUGGUAGGAUCUGACUAGAUAUACGACAAGCCUUUCUGUGAUAACUGGAGGAUUGCCAGCCAUCGUUCAUAUAAUGUUUGUUCAUGUAUCUCACAUUCCCACACAGAGUAAAUAUUGACCGAAACUUUUAAAUUUGUUAAGGAUAUAUUUUGACCAAUGUGUUUUGUCAUUACCUGCUGUUUUUUUAGUGCAGCAUUCUGUAAACAUCUUUUAUUGUGAUCUACAUGUUGAAGAGAAGCUUGACCAAUUUAAGAAAAAGCAACUUCAUGUAUGGCAGAAACUUUUGUGAAAUGUAAAUAUAAAUUCUGUAUUCAUUUGUGGUAAAACUAACAGUAAAUGUGAUCUGUGGUUGUUAUAGUGUCUGUUAUGAUGAAUAUCACAUGUGUGUACAUUGUAGCUUACGUUAAUACUGUAACAGAAGUAAAAGGUCACCUCGUGUAGGUUAAGUUAAUACUGUUACUGAAGUAAAAGGUCACCUCAUAUAGGUUAAGUUAAUACUGUUACAGAAGUAAAAGGUCACCUCAUAUAGGUUAAGUUGAUACUGUUACAGAAGUAAAAGGUCACCUCGUGUAGGUUAAGUUAAUACUGUUACAGAAGUAAAAGGUCACCUCAUAUAGGUUAAGUUAAUACUGUUACAGAAGUAAAAGGUCACCUCGUGUAGGUUAAGUUGAUACUGUUACAGAAGUAAAAGGUCACCUCGUGUAGGUUAAGUUGAUACUGUUACAGAAGUAAAAGGUCACCUCGUGUAGGUUACGUUAAUACUGUAACAGAAGUAAAAGGUCACCUCGUGUAGCUGAAGUUGAUACUGUUACAGAAGUAAAAGGUCAUCUCGUGUAGGUUAAGUUAAUACUGUUACAGAAGUAAAAGGUCACCUCGUGUAGCUGAAGUUGAUACUGUUACAGAAGUAAAAGGUCACCUCGUGUAGGUUAAGUUAAUACUGUUACAGAAGUAAAAGGUCACCUCGUGUAGCUGAAGUUGAUACUGUUACUGAAGUAAAAGGUCACCUCAUGUAGGUUAAGUUAAUACUGUUACAGAAGUAAAAGGUCACCUCGUGUAGGUUAAGUUAAUACUGUUACAGAAGUAAAAGGUCACCUCGUGUAGCUGAAGUUGAUACUGUUACAGAAGUAAAAGGUCACCUCGUGUAGGUUAAGUUGAUACUGUUACAGAAGUAAAAGGUCACCUCAUAUAGGUUAAGUUAAUACUGUUACAGAAGUAAAAGGUCACCUCGUGUAGGUUAAGUUAAUACUGUUACAGAAGUAAAAGGUCACCUCGUGUAGCUGAAGUUGAUACUGUUACAGAAGUAAAAGGUCACCUCGUGUAGGUUAAGUUAAUACUGUUACAGAAGUAAAAGGUCACCUCGUGUAGGUUAAGUUAAUACUGUUACAGAAGUAAAAGGUCACCUCAGAUUCAUUUGUCCAGACAAGGUCAUCAUGUUUCAGGUUAACACAGGGAUUUGAUACAUAUUCCCAUCCCAGGGUCCUUCAGAAAUAUAUUUAUUACGUUCGGAGUAUUAUGCCGAGUAUAUGUGUUUAGCGGUUACAGUCCCCAUGAGUUAAUGACCGGCUUCUCCACCGAACAUGUACUUUGAGAAAUUUAAAUGUUUCUAACCAAGUAUAUUGUAUGCAUCCCACCGUUUUGCUGCUUGACAUUUACAUGUAUAGCCAUUAUAGUUCUAGGUAUGAUAUCGGGACAUUUACAUGUAUAGCCAUUAUAGUUCUAGGUAUGAUAUCUUGACAUUUACAUGUAUAGCCAUUAUAGUUCUAGGUAUGAUAUCUUGACAUUUACAUGUAUAGCCAUUAUAUAGUUCUAGGUAUGAUAUCUUGACAUUUACAUGUAUAGCCAUUAUAUUUCUAGGUAUGAUAUCUUGACAUUUACAUGUAUAGCCAUUAUAUAGUUCUAGGUAUGAUAUCUUGACAUUUACAUGUAUAGCCAUUAUAUAUUUCUAGGUAUGAUAUCGGGACAUUUACAUGUAUAGCCAUUAUAGUUCUAGGUAUGAUAUCUUGACAUUUACAUGUAUAGCCAUUAUAUUUCUAGGUAUAAUAUCUUGACAUUUACAUGUAUAGCCAUUAUAUAGUUCUAGGUAUGAUAUCUUGACAUUUACAUGUAUAGCCAUUAUAGUUCUAGGUAUGAUAUCUUGACAUUUACAUGUAUAGCCAUUAUAGUUCUAGGUAUGAUAUCGGGACAACCAAUGUCUAAAUUUUUGUGUUCCAAAGUUAACAACAGUUUCGACUUGAUUAUCUUCAAAACAACUUAAUCUGAUGUAUUUUAUGUCAUUUUAAUUGCCUACACCUCAACAUAAACCUAGUGUUGUUGUAAGGACUUGGAUGAAGAUUCACAAUCAUGUUCAAUAAUUGAUAUCUUUUUGUUUAUAUUUUGAAUUUAUUCAUGUUUUAUAGAUAUACAAUGUAUAUGGGUUAUUUGUAACGUGAGAUAAUGGGAUGUCUAUUACUUUUGAACAGAUUUGUAGCUUCACUACCUGUUUUCAAAACUGUGAUGUAUCUUUUUUUCUGAAAUGAUCCACUUGAGAACUGCGAUGUAUCUUUUUUUCUGAAAUGAUCCACUUCAGGAGAUUUUUAGUGGCCCAAUGGCCUGUGUGUAUUUAGUGUAAAUUCCCCCCUCACAUAAAUUUAAAUAAUAUUUACAAUAUCAUGCUACAUCUUGAGUCCUAGCUUACAACUAGGAAUUUUAACCAAAUUAUCUUUAAACAGAAACAUAUUUCAGAGAAUUUAUAUCAUAAAACAUUUGUUGAUUGUUCUUUUCUUUUAGUAUCAAAGAAUAUCAUUGUGUUCCUUAUUGUUGUGACUUAAUAUUCUGAGUAAUUAGUAUGAUAAUUAUCUCAAGUAUGAUGUGUACUAACUACUAUGAAUAAUAAUAAAUGCCAAUAAUAUAAUAUAUUAUUAGUAUGAUAAUUAUCUCACAAAUAUGAAAUGUACUACUGUGAAUAUGAAACGCCAAUAUUAUAUAGUAUGACAGAGGUAUAAUAACAGUGAUUUGUGAGGUCUAUAUAAUGUAGGUGUAGGAGAGGUAUAAUGACAGUGAUUUGUGAGGUCUAUAUAAUGUAGGUGUAUAGGAGAGGUAUAAUAACAGUGAUUUGUGAGGUCUAUAUAAUAUAGGUGUAUAGGAGAGGUAUGAUGACAGUGAUUUGUGAGGUCUAUAUAAUGUAGGUGUAGGAGAGGUAUAAUAACAGUGAUUUGUGAGGUCUAUAUAAUGUAGGUGUAGGAGAGGUAUAAUGACAGUGAUUUGUGAGGUCUAUAUAAUGUAGGUGUAGGAGAGGUAUGAUGACAGUGAUUUGUGAGGUCUAUAUAAUGUAGGUGUAUAGGAGAGGUAUAAUGACAGUGAUUUGUGAGGUCUAUAUAAUGUAGGUGUAUAGGAGAGGUAUGAUGACAGUGAUUUGUGAGGUCUAUAUGAUAUAGGUGUAGGAGAGGUAUAAUGACAGUGAUUUGUGAGGUCUAUAUAAUGUAGGUGUAUAGGAGAGGUAUAAUGACAGUGAUUUGUGAGGUCUAUAUAAUGUAGGUGUAUAGGAGAGGUAUAAUGACAGUGAUUUGUGAGAUCUAUAUAAUGUAGGUGUAGGAGAGGUAUAAUGACAGUGAUUUGUGAGAUCUAUAUAAUGUAGGUGUAGGAGAGGUAUGAUGAGUGAUUUGUGAGGUCUAUAUAAUGUAGGUGUAGGAGAGGUAUGAUGACAGUGAUUUGUGAGGUCUAUAUAAUGUAGGUGUAGGAGAGGUAUGAUGACAGUGAUUUGUGAGGUCUAUAUAAUGUAGGUGUAGGAGAGGUAUGAUGACAGUGAUUUGUGAGGUCUAUAUAAUGUAGGUGUAGGAGAGGUAUAAUGACAGUGAUUUGUGAGGUCUAUAUAAUGUAGGUGUAGGAGAGGUAUAAUGACAGUGAUUUGUGAGGUCUAUAUAAUGUAGGUGUAUAGGAGAGGUAUAAUGACAGUGAUUUGUGAGGUCUAUAUAAUGUAGGUGUAUAGGAGAGGUAUAAUGACAGUGAUUUGUGAGAUCUAUAUAAUGUAGGUGUAGGAGAGGUAUAAUGACAGUGAUUUGUGAGGUCUAUAUAAUGUAGGUGUAGGAGAGGUAUGAUGACAGUGAUUUGUGAGGUCUAUAUAAUGUAGGUGUAGGAGAGGUAUGAUGACAGUGAUUUGUGAGGUCUAUAUAAUGUAGGUGUAGGAGAGGUAUAAUGACAGUGAUUUGUGAGGUCUAUAUAAUGUAGGUGUAGGAGAGGUAUGAUGACAGUGAUUUGUGAGGUCUAUAUAAUGUAGGUGUAGGAGAGGUAUGAUGACAGUGAUUUGUGAGGUCUAUAUAAUGUAGGUGUAGGAGAGGUAUGAUGACAGUGAUUUGUGAGGUCUAUAUAAUGUAGGUGUAGGAGAGGUAUAAUGACAGUGAUUUGUGAGGUCUAUAUAAUGUAGGUGUAGGAGAGGUAUAAUGACAGUGAUUUGUGAGGUCUAUAUAAUGUAGGUGUAGGAGAGGUAUAAUAACAGUGAUUUGUGAGGUCUAUAUAAUGUAGGUGUAGGAGAGGUAUGAUGACAGUGAUUUGUGAGGUCUAUAUAAUGUAGGUGUAGGAGAUGUAUAAUGACAGUAAUUUGUGAGGUCUAUAUAAUGUAGGUGUAGGAGAGGUAUAAUGACAGUGAUUUGUGAGGUCUAUAUAAUGUAGGUGUAGGAGAGGUAUAAUGACAGUGAUUUGUGAGGUCUAUAUAAUGUAGGUGUAGGAGAGGUAUAAUAACAGUGAUUUGUGAGGUCUAUAUAAUGUAGGUGUAGGAGAGGUAUAAUAACAGUGAUUUGUGAGGUCUAUAUAAUGUAGGUGUAGGAGAGGUAUGAUGACAGUGAUUUGUGAGGUCUAUAUAAUGUAGGUGUAGGAGAGGAAUAAUGACAGUGAUUUGUGAGGUCUAUAUAAUGUAGGUGUAGGAGAGGUAUAAUAACAGUGAUUUGUGAGGUCUAUAUAAUGUAGGUGUAGGAGAGGUAUAAUAACAGUGAUUUGUGAGGUCUAUAUAAUGUAGGUGUAUAGGAGAGGUAUACCAGUGUAUUAGUGGACAGGUCACUGUACUAGCUCAGGCUAGCGGGACUUUCCCUAGUGGUAGGAUGCUUGCCUUGAGAGCGAGAGGUUGCUAGUUUGAGCCCCACCACAGACAGUGAAAUUUUUCAUUACUCCUUCCUAUUACACCUGUAUAAUAUUGCUACUUAACUUUGAUAGUUAAUUUUCAAUUUUGAACAAAUGGAUGGUUAGAUAUCUACAGAGAAUUUGAAUGACCUCAACCCCUUCAAGGUCACAGGGGUCAAAUGUGUACAUCCUAUAACAUGAUUACUUAUCAUACUAAUGUCAAAAAUCCUUCUAUUUGUUAUAUUUACCGUCAAAGUUUGUAAAAUUAUGUUUAAUUAUGUUUGACUAGUUUCCCUAUAAUGACUCCCUUGUCACACCGACACAGCCUCCGUUGUCACUCCUAACCACCUGUAUACCAUGUAAGCUGUGCCCUGAUGAUAGAACGCCUCAGGCCCAAACAUGUCUGCAACCAGCUAAUAAUAGAAGAAAGUAGAAUAUAUUGUUUUGAAACCAGGCUUCAGAAGUUCCGCUCUUCUUUUCUUUUUGUUAACUGCUUUUGAAGAGCUCUGUACCACAGUGACUAUAGGUGUCCUACAAUGGAUGUUCCAUGACACAUACAGAACUGUAUACGUUGUAUGAAGUAAAGGCUGGACUUCUUGUUCAAUACGCGCUACAUGGUAGUGUUAUUUUGGGUCAAUAGAUUCUGUAAUAGGAGAGUACACUUUCAUAAGGGCUAUUGAUUUUGAAAUUACAUUCAGUGUUAAAUGUGAGACACAAGACGUGUAGUUAAUUCUAGCCAGCAUGUUGAUGUAACUACUGUAAUUGUACUGCAGACAAACCUGUAUUUUAGUUACAUUACAUUCAGUGUUAAAUGUGAGACACAAGACGUGUAGUUAAUUCUAGCCAGCAUGUUGAUGUAACUACCGUAAUUGUACUACAGACAAACCUGUAUUUUAGUUACAUUACAUUAAGAGGAGUAUCAGUCUCGGCCAUUUAUACAGGCUUCAUUGUAAGACAGUAUUUGUCCAGACAUUCACUUCAGCAGCAAUAGUUUAUAAAAUACAGAUUUGAUUGUAAGACAGUAUUUUUACAGACAUGUAAUGUGUUUGUAAACAGUUUUCCUUCGGACAAAUAUUUGAUUCAUAAAAUCACUAAUUUCCUACCAAUUAGAAUAACAAUUUUACAUUUACAAUGUACAUUUGUAUUUAAAUAAUUCAUCUUAACAGUUUGAAAAAAAUAUUUAUUUUCUAUUAGAUUACAUGAUGUGUUACUUGGAUGGAUUAUAUAAUUGUGUCUGGGAACAAGACACCGGAUAUAUUAAUUGUGUUGAUCACAUAUCAUGGCUGUUACUUGAAUUCCAUUUUACAUCAGUUGAUUUAUUUUAUGUGUCUGGGUACCAGAUACUGGAUGUAUGCAUUUGAUGUUUUAUGAAAUAAAAUUGUUUAAACUUUGUU